AUGUCUGCCAAACACUUUGUCAACGACCCGACACAUCUCGUCAACUCGGCCCUUGAGGCCAUCACCUUCACAAACCCCUCCCUGGCCCUCGACAAGCACAACAAGGUCAUCUACAGGCGCCCAACCCCCAAUGACUCCUCGAACCCCCAGGUGAGCAUUGUCUCCGGCGGCGGCGCCGGCCACGAGCCUUCCUUCUCCAGUAUGGUCGGCAAGGGCCUCUUGACUGCCGCCGUCUCCGGCACCAUCUUCGCCUCCCCGUCUGCGGAGCAGAUCCGCGCCGCCAUCCAGACCCGUGUCGGCCAUGACAAGGGCGUCCUCGUCACCGUCAUGAACUACACCGGUGAUGUCCUCAACUUCGGCAUGGGCGUCGAGAAGGCCCACGCCGCCGGUGUUGACGCAGAGAUGGUCGUCGUCGGUGACGACGUCGGCGUCGGGAGGGCCAAGGCUGGCAAGGUCGGCCGCAGGGGCAUUGCUGGCACAGUUCUCGUCCACAAGAUCUCCGGUGCCCUGGCCGCCCAGGGCUACAGCCUCAAGGACGUAGCCAAGGUCGCCAGGCUCACCGCGUCCAACCUCGUCAGUGUCGGCGCCAGUCUGGAGCACGUCCACGUGCCCGGCCGCGCACCGCCAAAGGCCGAUGACGCGGGCAACCUGGGUGCGAAGGAGGUUGAGAUCGGCAUGGGCAUCCACAACGAGGCCGGAAGCGGCAGGGAAGAGAUCGAGCUGCCGCAGCUAGUGGCCAAGAUGCUCAAGCAAUUACUCGACCAGGAGGAUAAGGACCGGGCAUUCCUGGAGGUCAACUCAAAUGAGAUCGUCUUGUUGGUGAACAAUCUGGGCGGAGUGAGUGUCCUCGAGCUGGGCGGCAUCACCGCCGAGGUAGUCACACAGCUGCAGAGAGAUCAUGGCAUCCGGCCUGUCAGGAUACUGAGCGGCACGUACAUGACGAGUCUGAACGGCCUGGGCUUCAGCAUCACCCUGCUCAAUGUUGUCAACACCGAGGUCGGCGGCCCGAGCAUGAUCCAAUUGCUGGACUACCCGUCUGAGGCGAUUGGGUGGGCAGCACCUAUCUCCAAGGAGACCUGGGAGGAGAAGAACCAGGCAACACGAGAGGACACUUCAUCCGUAGGGGGUGAGGUCAAGCCCAGUGGGCUGAAGUACGAUGCCAGCAUCGGCUCUAAGGCCCUGCAGAAGGGGCUCGAGUACAUUGUUGCCGUAGAGCCAGAUGUCACUCGGUACGACUCGGUGGUCGGAGACGGUGACUGCGGCAUCGGGCUGAAGAGAGGCGCAGAAGCAAUCAUCGACCACCUGAAAACCAACCCUUUGAGCGGGGACGCCGUGAUAGACGCCGCAAACAUUGUCUCCGUCGUCGAGAUGGCCAUGGACGGCACCAGCGGCGCAAUCUACGCCAUCUUCCUGAACGCGCUCGUCCACGCCCUCAGCACCCUGGCACCGGGUGACGCGUCGCCAAAGGUCUGGGCCGAGGCUCUGAAGCAGUCCUGCGAGGCGCUCUCAAAGUACACGCCCGCGAGGCCCGGUGACCGCACCCUGGUUGACGCGUUGUACCCCUUCGUCGACACACUGGCCGAGUCCGGCGACGUCCAGAAGGCGGCGCAGGCCUCGAUAGCCGCUGCCGAGGCGACGCAGGGUAUGGUCGCGAGCCUGGGCCGGUCCGUUUACGUCGGCGGCUCGGGCUUCAAGCACGUGCCCGACCCAGGCGCGUGGGGGCUGGCAUAUUUCUUCCUCGGUGUUGCCGGGCUGAAACCACCCAAGUCUAACGAGGAGGGCUGGGAGAAAGUUUAG